AAGCGCGUGGUGUUCACAUCGUACUCGGUUUUUAGAGCUCUGACUUUUCAGACGCAAUCGUUCUCGUAUUUGAUUUACCUCCGCGGGUCUUAAUUUACUUAAAAUGAUAAAGAGCAAGAUAAGUGAGGACAAGUUGGAAACCCUUGUUUCGCGGAGCGCUGUGCCAAUCAUCGAUCUCGCCCAUUGCGGCAAGUCCCUUGUCAAUAGGGUUGGUCAGCAACUGCAUAAGGCUUUCACCGAGAAGGGAAUCGCUUUCCUGGUUAAUCAUGGAAUAGCCGAAGAUAAGAUUAAAGCUGUUUACGAUCAAUUCGACAACUUCUUGGAUCUGCCAGCUGAGGUUCAGGAUCGCUACAGGAGAAAGGAUGGCGUUAACUAUGGCUACGUUAGUCCUGGAAUGGAACGAUUCGAUGGAAGCACCCCAGAGCUCCGGCACGCCUACAAUAUUUGCAAACUGGAUGAUCAGAAUAUUCCGAGGGAGCCACUGCCAGAAUUUGCAGAGGAUAUUACUACACUGUGUCAGGACUUGAAGGCCAUGUCCACAUUUAUACUGAAGGCCAUGGAGGUGGCCUUGGAGAUUCCUCCGGCCUUCUUUAUCGACAAGCACUCCCAGAUGCUCGAAGGCGAUGAGGUCAACAUGAGCACCCUACGGAUGCUCUACUAUCCGGCGAUUGUGGAUGAUGAACCUGGUCAGAGUGAGGGUGCCAUACGGUGUGGUGCCCAUGUGGACUAUGGCACCUUCACCCUUCUCACUCAGGAUUCGGAAGGUGGCUUGGAGGUGCAAUUGCCUGGCAGCGAGAAGUGGGAACGAGUGGGCCAUCUACCAGGAGCCAUUCUCAUAAAUGGCGGGGAACUCCUGUCCAUCUGGACGAAGCAGCGAUACCACGCAUUGCCUCAUCGGGUCGUUAUACCUGAACAAGAUCAUAUACGAACCCGCGGCAGACAUUCCAUUGCCUAUUUUUGCCAUCCCAAUAACUCGACAAUGAUAUCUCCCAACGAUCUCUUGGCUGAAGAUGUCGAACAGAGUAAUGACAAAGUAUACAGCGCCUAUGAACUGAUACAGAAAAAGUUUAAUGACACCUACGGUCAGCGAUCUCAAUAAAUCAACGAAUCUGGGGCAAAACUUUAUUACAGCUAUAGACACAUGAAACUGGUAUAUUUAAUAAAGCAAUUUUACAACUGUAAUUUGUCCAAAUCUAAAUAAAUUAUGGCACUUUUAUUUCAUAAAA